AUGAGCACGAGCACCUGCACGCCGUUAUGUGAGAAGCUGAAGAACCUUGGAGUGGAAGACGGCCAGUGUCUUACACAUUCUGAGCUGGUAGAGCGUCUCGACCUCACGACAGAGGACUGUGCAAAGGGCUACCAACUUGGCACACACGAGGAGUUACUACACCGGAAAUACUGUAGCUUCUGCCGGCUGGUAUUGGAUGCAGUGAAUCAGACAAGUCAUGGGAGCUGCCCCGGCCAACAACAACUCGGAGUGCUGCUCUACGCUGGCGAACAAUCUUUCCGCCUGCUGUAUCCGUCUCGGGUAGGCGCACGUUUGGCGUUCGUUGCCAACGAAGCGAGUCUUGCUGCUGGACCCGACAAUGGAAGACCCUCGAUUGAUCGUGAUCGGGAACAACUCGUCAAGUCGUGGUUAGAAGCGUGCGCUUCAGGCCAUCCAGAUUGUAGCUUGGAGCCGAUAAAGAAUGUCGCAAAACGAAAGCCAGCGCCGCGAAACUUCAACGAAAGUGCGACUUCUAACUUUCGAUUGAUUGACCUGGAACGUGGAUGUAUAAGGCACGCUGCCCUCGAUGAGAGAUACAUUGCACUCAGCUAUGUCUGGGGAAACCUUCCAAUGUUGAUGCUCAACAAAGAUAACUAUGACCAACUGUCUACAGAGGCCAGUCUGGACACUGUUCGACAGAGACUGCCAAAGACGAUCAACGAUGUGAUUGAUCUUGCCAAAGCGAUUGGAGAGCGCUACUUGUGGAUCGAUGGACUGUGCCUGGUUCAAGACGAUCAUGAAGACGUCGUGCUUGGCAUCCAGAUGAUGAAUUCGAUCUACCACGGCGCGUACUGCACGAUUGUGGCAGCGUCUGGAGAAGACGCAAAUGCGGGACUUUUCACACAUAAAGCGAACCCAAUCAUGCAGGAGAUAGCAGCCGGGGUCAAGAUGACAGUCCAGCACAGCAUCGACUGGUACCUCAACCGAUCGAAGUACAACACACGCGGCUGGACGUUGCAAGAGCUUGUACUAUCCCGCAGAACUAUUGUCUUCCUGGACGGCCAGCUUCACUUCCGAUGCCGUAGCGCAAACUGGAGCGCAGAUACGUGGGCCGACCAGUGGAAGACUUGGCGGGAUCCUGACGACAGCAAUAUUACCCGCAUUCCUGGACUAUUGGACGGGCUUGUCGCACAUCUCUGGCCGUAUCAGAAGCUCUGUGAAGAGUUCUCAAGACGACAGCUGAGAAGAGAUGGCGAUGCCUUGCGAGCGACCGCUGGUAUUACACGGACUCUCGCCGCAGGCAUGCAGAGUUGUCUUGUUGAAGGACUCCCAGGAUACUAUCUCGACCACUUCCUACUCUUCAUAUCUUCCAACGGAGGUUUAGAACGCAGGUCCGAAUUCGCCUCCUUCUCCUGGGCUGGAUGGACCGGACGAAUUAUGUGGCCCAGGGAGAACUUCGCAUGGUACAACGAACAAUCCGAGCGUACCUGGGAAGUCGGCAAUAUCCUCAAAUACUUCGAACACAACAGGGUCGUGGCAUGGAGCAACAUCGACCGGAGAGCUGAGGGCAAAUCCCUGUCCUCGACUAUGUACUCACGGAAGGAUUACCAUGCCCCUUCACCCCUCUUGCGGCUCAUGCGAGAGUACCAGUCCAUUUUCGACGAUGUAGAGACAGAUCCCGUCCGAGAUCACACAGGCCCUCGUUGGCAUUCCGUCUCAAGCAGCCAUGGUGACAUACCCGACUGGGGCGUGAGUUUUGACGACAGCGAUGACGACUUCGCUAAAUUCAGGCCGAAAAAAGAGGAAUAUAAGGAAGCUUUCACCCUCAAGGCUUUCAACCUGCUGAACGGUCAAGCAGAAUUCGACCGGAUGGUGCAGCAUAUCGAGAAUCCGCUGGAGUUGCUCACGCUCCAGAAUUGGCAGGCUCAGAGGAGUUUUUUCGUGCGGCGAGCGAAUGAUGAGAGGUCUCGAUUCGGACCUCGACCGCGGAGUGUUCUCUCGGACUCUGAGCAGUUUGCGUUUCGAGGACCGGUUCGAGCUGGGAAGAAGAGGAGGAGGGACAGGAGGGAAGAGAUCGCAGAGGACCGUGGGAAGGGAGAGGAAGUGCCAAACUUUCCACCAUACGACGUUCUACAGUGCCAGGCGAUAUCGUUCUCCCUGACGCUCGGCGCGGUACCGAAUCGAGAACGACAGCAUACGAGCCCUUUCGACCGAAUUGCGGGUAUCCCCCUUCUUGACAAGAGUGGGCAAGUCGUUGGCUCACUGCACCCCGACAGUCUCCGUUUGAUGGGCGAUGAAGGGUCCAAAGUCGAAUUGUUCAUCGUUACCAAGUGCUUCGAGCCGACAGUUGGGUCGGCGCUCUCAGGCCUCGAAGGUCAAGGUCCGCUACCAUGGCGCCUCUUCUGGGUGAUGCAUAUUGCGUGGAACCAAGGUAUUGCAGAGCGUCGUGGCGUCGGCCAGGUGUUAGCAUCGGCGCUUGAGACUGCCGUUGGAGACAAGCCUGUAGUGAAGCAGAUCUUGUUGGGGUAG